AUGAUUGGGGCUAUAAGACUACAUACUAUCGGGCUAAGGGCUAUUCAAAUGGCUAAAUUAAGACCUUGUAAACCACUUUUCAGACCCAGUUUUGCUCGUCAGUUUCAUCAAUCAGUCAUCCGAAACCAACACAACCAACAGCAGGAUCAACAACAGGACCAAUCGCAUUUACAUAAGGAGGCCAAACUUGAGGCUGAGAGAGCUCGUAUUGAUAAACUCACACAAGAAAGAGAAGAACGCCAGCGCUUCAAAAACAGAACUGCAACAUAUUACACAGCUUCACUAGGCAUAGUAUUUCUUGCAUUGGCAUUUUGUGCUGUGCCCGUAUAUCGUGCUAUCUGUCAACGUACAGGAUGGGGUGGUAUUCCAAUCACUGAUAGUUCACGGUUCACACCUGAUAAAUUGAUUCCGGUAGAUACCAAUAAGCGUAUCCGAGUGCAAUUUACUUGUCAGUCAUCGGGGGUUUUACCCUGGAAGUUUACUCCUUUGCAACGUGAAGUUUAUGUUGUCCCCGGAGAAACUGCAUUGGCUUUCUAUCGCGCCAAGAAUAUGAGUAAGGAGGAUAUUAUAGGGAUGGCUACGUAUUCAAUCAUCCCGGAAAAUGCUGCUGCUUAUUUCAACAAGAUCCAGUGUUUUUGCUUUGAGGAGCAACGAUUAAGUGCUGGUGAAGAGGUUGAUAUGCCCGUUUUCUUUUUCAUUGAUCCCGAUUUUGCUAAGGAUCCAAACAUGAGGAGCAUCGAUGAUGUUGUGUUACAUUAUUCGUUCUUCAAAGCAGCAUAUUCGGAUGGAGAAUUGUCAGCGGUUCCAAGUGGUAAAUUGGAGUUGAAAGCGGAGAUGGUUCAGUGA